AUGCUGGGAGCUACUGUCCGAAAGAAUUGUCACUUGUUUCAUUUUACCCAUCAGUUAGAUCUAUUUCUCCUCCCCACCCCCCAGAAGUCCUUCAAUUCAUUAUCAACUCACUUUAUACGCCGGCGGAGGACCUGCUCUUUCCAAACCAGCUCAUCCUCAAGGUGUCUAUCAACCACGGUUACUCCCGCGAACUCGACACCCAGACAAGAUUUGUUUUCUUACACAUCUGGGCGCUAUCUCUACAAUGAGAAUCUCCGUUUUGCAGAACGAUAUGUCGAAUUCAACGUUGAAGCGCUCAAAACCAUCGCGGCUAGAAGUGUUGGUCGGAAAAAUGUCACUCAUAUAAGAAAGCUUGCGGAGGGUGGUUUCAAUAGGGUUUUUCUUCUUACCAUGGAAGACGGACUUGAGGUUAUAGCCAAAAUCCCGUAUCUACUUACUGUUCCAAAAACUUUCACGACUGAAAGUGAGGUUGCGACUCUGGAUUUCUUACAUUCGAGAGGGAUCCCAGUCCCCCGGGUUUAUACUUAUUCUUCAAAAUCCGACAACCCAGUAGGUACUGAAUACAUAAUAAUGCAGAAAGCCCCUGGGAGGCCGUUGGAGGAGCGUUGGUUUGAUCUUACGCCUCAAGAACGCGUUCGUUUGGUAAUGAGUUACGUUGAAAUCGAGCGAAAACUUUUCUCCAUUCCUUUCGGAUCCUAUGGCAGCUUAUACUAUAGGGACAGCCUACCCUCACACGCCCGAGCCGACCUUUAUGCGUCGCCACAUGGAGCAUAUGAGGGUGAUGAUGAAAACCGGUUUUGCAUUGGGCCUUCUGCAGACUACAUGUUCUGGCGAGGCAAACGCGCACUAUUUGAAGUGGACCGUGGACCUUGGAAAGACCCUCGCGACUAUGUUCGUUCCGUCGGUCAACGGGAAUUAGAAUGGACUCGCAAAUUCGGGAAACCGCAACAGAAUGACUUUCCUCAUAACAAUUUCCUUAAAGGAGACAUCUCCCCUACAGGUUAUAUCGACCUACUAGAACAGUAUAUCUCUCUGUCACCUUAUAUCUUGCCCAGAGACCGUGAGAAUUCCUUGAACAAGCCUACCUUGCGCCAUCCAGAUCUUAACCCGCCCAACGUUUUCAUAUCGGACUCUUGUGGAGUUUCAUGCAUUGUUGAUUGGCAGCAUUCGUCUAUCCUUCCAUUAUUGCUUACCGCCGGUAACCCACCACUAUUCGAAAAUCCUGAUUCCGAGCCUCCCAAAGGCCUUGAGAAACCGUGCCUUCCAGAAGAUUAUGCGUCAUUGAGUCCAGAAGAGAAAUCUCACGCCAAUGAACUCCAUCGACGAAGGGCGCUAUUCUAUUUGUACAUGGUUCUCAAUGGUAGGGAUAACAAAGCUCAUCUCGAUGCACUUCGUUACCCGCUUUUGUUGCUCCGACAGCAUGCAGUAGACAGCGCUGGCCGGCAAUGGAGCGGCAAUAUAAUUACGCUAAAAGGAGCACUCCUUAGACUUGCAACUCACUGGGGCCAGCUCGUAGACGGAAACCAGGAGCAAAUUCAAUGCCCAGUUCAUUUCGACCCGAAGGAAGCAGAGGAGUUCUUGCUUAUUGAGGAUAACUGGUUCACAGCAACCAUCUUACUCGAGCAUUGGCGAUCUAUCUUGGACUAUCUUGACCAAGAUGGAUGGGUUAGACAUGAAUCAUACGAAGAUGUCGUGGAAAAAAAUCACCAACUUAAGAAAGAGUGGUUAGCUGCAGCAGACGAUGAAGACGACUUUAUCUCAGUUGAUCGGUUCUGGCCGUUUCAAGAUCAUGAAGAGCUCGAUUAA